AUGAUAAUAUAAUUCUUUUAAAAAAGUAGCAGGUUGUCAUAAAAAUAUAAAUAUGCUUGCUAUUUGGCUAAUGGUAUUGAGAAAAAAGAUAUUUUGAUUGUGAGUUAAUCAGAAAAUAAAAACCACAACUUUAUUUAAAUAAAUAAAUAUCUUUUAAAGAUUUUAUCAUUUAAUUAAAUCUUUAUAAAAUAUUCUCUUUGUUUUUCAAUUAAAAUACUUUAAAGUCGAAAUUAAAACCUACUUUCUACUAAUUAAUAUUAUGGAUAAAAACAUUAUAAGCUAUAUAUUGAAAAAGGGGAUAUUCAGUUGAAUUAAAAAUACUUCUUUAGUUACACAUUUAUAUAAUCUACUACAUCAUAAUCAAAUUACUUAAAAUCGAUAACUAUAGACCUCAAUACCCCCUCAACACCAUAAAAAUUCAUCAAAUUAAAAUUUUUGAUUAAAAAUUAUGGAGGAGGGAGGGAUAUAUAUUUUAUAAAAAAAUAUUAAUUAACUUUUAAAAAAAUAAUUUAAAAAAUAUUGCAAAAAUUCAGAAAGAAAAAAAUUAAAUAAAUAGAUAGAUUUUGGCCUUAUUUAUAGUCUGAAUUUUUUAUAUAAAACAUUUGA